AGCUCUGCCAAGUGGAACAAAGCAGGAGCCCUCUUCAGACUGGGGGCCACCACGGGAAGCCUCACCAGUUCCACAGGAGAAGGAGGAGACCGGAGACAGGAGACGGGACCUCUACAGGGAGAGGGCAGGGCGGCUCUUGGGGGUGCCAAUGUGGCCCCAAGACCAAGCCCAGACGGGGUCUGGCAUCAGCCUCAGCCCCCCAAGGAACCAGCCUUCCACCCCAUGGGGUGGUCACUGCCCAAGGAGAAGGGGUUAAUACUCUGCCUAUGGAACAAGUUCUGCAGAUGGUUCCACAGACAAGAGUCCUGGGCUCAGAGCCGAGACGAGCAGAACCUGCUGCAGCAGAAGAGGAUCUGGGAGUCACCUCUUCUUCUAGCUGCCAAAGAAAAUGAUGUCCAGGCUCUGAGUAAGCUGCUCAAGUUUGAAGGAUGUGAGGUGCACCAGAGAGGAGCCGUGGGAGAAACUGCAUUGCACAUAGCAGCCCUCUAUGAUAACCUGGAGGCUGCCAUGGUACUGAUGGAGGCUGCUCCAGAGCUGGUCUUUGAGCCCAUGACCUCUGAACUAUAUGAAGGUCAGACUGCACUACACAUCGCAAUUAUGAACCAGAAUGUGAACUUGGUCCGAGCCCUGCUUGCCAGAGGGGCCAGUGUCUCUGCCAGAGUUACAGGCUCCGCCUUCCAACGCAGUCCCCACAACCUCAUCUACUAUGGAGAGCACCCUUUGUCCUUUGCUGCCUGUGUGGGCAGUGAGGAGAUUGUCAGGUUGCUCAUUGAGCAUGGAGCUGACAUCCGGGCCCAGGACUCCCUGGGAAAUACUGUGCUGCACAUACUCAUCUUGCAGCCCAACAAAACCUUUGCCUGCCAGAUGUAUAACCUGCUACUGUCCUAUGAUGGGGGAGACCACCUGAAGUCCCUAGAACUUGUUCCCAACAACCAGGGACUCACCCCCUUCAAGCUGGCUGGAGUGGAAGGCAACAUUGUGAUGUUCCAGCAUCUGAUGCAGAAGCGGAAGCACAUCCAGUGGUCGUAUGGGCCAUUGACUUCCACACUUUAUGACCUCACUGAGAUCGACUCCUCAGGAGACGAUCAAUCCCUGCUGGAACUUAUUGUCACUACCAAGAAACGCGAGGCCCGCCAGAUUCUGGACCAGACACCCGUGAAGGAGCUGGUGAGCCUCAAGUGGAAGAGGUAUGGGCGGCCCUACUUCUGCGUGCUGGGUGCCAUCUACGUGCUGUACAUCAUCUGCUUUACCAUGUGCUGUGUCUACCGCCCCCUCAAGCCCAGGAUCAGUAACCGCACCAAUCCCCGGGACAACACCCUCCUGCAGCAGAAGCUCCUUCAGGAGGCCUAUGUGACCCCCAAGGAUGACCUACGGCUGGUGGGGGAGCUGGUGAGCGUCAUUGGGGCUGUGAUCAUCCUGCUGGUGGAGAUUCCCGACAUCUUGAGGUUGGGGGUCACUCGAUUCUUUGGGCAGACCAUCCUUGGGGGGCCAUUUCAUGUCAUCAUUGUCACUUAUGCCUUCAUGGUGCUGGUGACCAUGGUGAUGCGGCUCACCAAUGCAAAUGGAGAGGUGGUGCCUAUGUCCUUUGCUCUGGUGUUGGGUUGGUGUAAUGUUAUGUACUUUGCCAGAGGAUUCCAAAUGCUGGGUCCCUUCACCAUCAUGAUCCAGAAGAUGAUUUUUGGUGACUUGAUGCGAUUCUGCUGGCUGAUGGCUGUGGUGAUCCUGGGAUUUGCUUCAGCCUUCUAUAUCAUCUUCCAGACAGAGGACCCGGAUGAGCUGGGCCAUUUCUUUGACUACCCCAUGGCACUGUUCAGCACUUUUGAGCUCUUCCUCACCGUCAUUGACGGCCCUGCCAACUAUGACGUGGAUCUGCCCUUCAUGUACAGCAUCACCUACGCCGCCUUUGCCAUCAUUGCCACACUGCUCAUGCUCAACCUCCUCAUUGCCAUGAUGGGUGACACUCAUUGGAGAGUUGCCCAUGAGAGGGAUGAGCUCUGGAGGGCACAGGUUGUAGCUACCACUGUGAUGCUGGAGCGGAAGCUGCCUCGCUGCCUGUGGCCUCGCUCUGGGAUCUGUGGGCGCGAGUAUGGGCUAGGAGACCGCUGGUUCCUGCGGGUGGAAGAUAGGCAAGAUCUCAACAGGCAACGUAUCCGCCACUAUGCCCGAGCCUUCCAGCAACCCGACAACCUCUAUUCAGAGGACUUGGAAAAAGACUCUGGAGAGAAACUGGAGAUAGCACGUUCCUUUGGUGCCUACCUGUCCUUUCCCACACCCUCAGUGUCUCGAAGCACCUCCCGGAGCAGCUUCAACUGGGAAAGGCUUCGGAAAGGGACUCUAAGGAGGGACCUUCGGGGGAUAAUCAAUAGGGGCCUAGAAGAUGGGGAGGGCUGGGAGUACCAGAUCUGA